UGUGGUGGUGUUUGGUCUGGAGACAGUGUCCAUGAGGAAAAGACAGGAGACAGAGCUGGAGGUAGCAGAGUUGAAGAUGCUGAGGUUCUCUCUAGGAGUGACCAGGAAGGAUAGGAUCAGGAAUGAGUACAUCAGAGGGACAGCACAUGUUAGAGGUUUUGGAGAUAAAGUCAGAGAGGCCAGACUGAGAUGGUUUGGACAUGUCCAGAGGAGAGAUAGGGAGUAUAUAGGUAGAAGGAUGCUGAGUUUGGAACUACCAGGCAGGAGGCCUAGAGGAAGACCAAAGAGGACAUAAAGGUAGUUGGUGUGAGAGAAGAGGAUGCAGACGACAGGGUUAGAUGGAGGCAGAUGAUUCGCUGUGGCGAACCCUGAAGGGAAAAGCCGAAAGGAAAAGAAGAAGAUUUGAAAGUAUUGCCGACUUGGGGUGAGUGACAUGUGUUUUCUGUCGAAACACUGGUAUAUUUUCGGAGGGAAAAAAAAUUAAAAGCCAAACUUCGACGAAUCGCGAAUGUGCGGUUCGGUGUACAUAACCCUUUUACUCAGUCAGCAUUGGACUUACUUGACGCGUUGCUAAAAGAGCUAGAAGGUUCUACAAGAAGAUGCAAGCCAGCAGAACUACAUUGUGUACUUAUUUGAACGCGCCGUGUAAAAUAAAUAUGUAAAAAAUAAUGUUGUGAUGGACGCGCGUGCGCCACAGCGAGCUCCUUUACGCGGAUGGAUGACAUCAUAAAACGCGACCGUUCUCACGGCGAGAGCUCCGUGAAGCGAGCAAGUCUAACGGGUAGCGACGUGGAGAUGAUUAUCAUGUACUGACAACACACAGUCACCCCCAUUCUUCCAUGUAACCAGCGCCUAAGCCUUACACCUUAUUACAAACUCGUAGCUUUGAAGCUUCUCACGCUAGCUUAGCUUGUUAGCUGCUAACGAAAGAGACGCGGAAGUUAGCAACUCAUGCUAAAGCGCAUGAAAAUGUGCGCCAAAUCUGAGAGCGUUGGCGAACCAGCGACUAACCGCGGCUGUUGAAGAAAUGUUGGCAGCGUUGGAGAGAACGAAAGCAGGAACUUUCUCGAACUAAAGAGGAGAACGAGCGAGCGUCACGUUGUCAGUGACACUGUGGCUAAGAACCAUCAAAUGGGGUCGCACGGAGCAGACGUCAGUGAGGAAGAUCUUACCCCAGAGCAGCAGGAGCUCCAGCCCCCCCACAUGAAAGAGGAAGAGGAGGAACAAGUGUGGAGUGAGGAGGAUGCUGACAUGAGCAAGUUUGCAGUGAUUCGAGUGAUUGUGAAGAGUGACGACGAUGAGGCUGAAGCUCGGUCUUCACAGAUUGAUCACGGUCAAAGUGAGGAGAUGAAGGAAUCCGAACAAGACUGCCUCUUGGCUGCACUGUCAGAUCGUGACGGCACUAUGUCACGCUGUCCUGACACUGAUGAUGAAGACUCUGAAGAGGAUAUGACAUUUCAUACUGACGACUCAGACUUUAAAUGCUCUCAAUGCAAUAAGACAUUUGGCUACAAGAGAAAUUUGAAAGUACACAUGAGGUGUCACACAGGAGAGAAACCAUUCAUUUGCUCAUUUUGCAGUAAACGUUUUCAUCGAAAGGCACACUUGGUGGCACACACAAGGACGCACACGGGUGAGAAACCAUUUUCCUGCUCAGUCUGCAACACAAACUUCAAUGCCAGUUCAACGUUGAGUCAGCACAUGAGAACGCACACCGGGGAGAAACCUUACACCUGUUCGUAUUGUGGCAAAACGUUUUCUCAAAGGGGGCAACUGAUGGCACACACCAGAAAACACACGGGGGAAAAACCAUUUUCUUGCUCAGUCUGCAAAAGCAGUUUUUGCGUCCGCUCGGCUUUAGUUCAACACCUGAGAAUGCACACUGGCGAGAGACCUUUUUCCUGCUCAGUUUGUGGGAAGACGUUCUCCAGAAAAGUAACUUUGAAAGAACAUGCCAGAACGCACACGGGAGAAAAGCCCUUUUCAUGUUCAGUCUGCAACGUGAGCUUUAGUUUCCAGACAACUUUAAUUCGGCACAUGAGAACACACACUGGUGAAAAACCUUUUCCAUGCUCGGUCUGUGCUAAAAGAUUCUACGUGAAAAGAAGUUUAAGAGCUCACAUGAGAACGCAUACCGGAGAAAAACCGUUUUCCUGCUCAGUCUGCAGCACGCGUUUUAGCUUUCAGACGGCAUUAGUCAGACACAUGCAAACGCACACCGGGGAGAAACCCUUCAUUUGCUCAGUCUGCGGUCAAACAUUCUCUCAAAAAGGCACCUUAGUGAAACACAGCAGAACUCACACUGGUGAGAAACCUUGUACUUGCUCAUUUUGUGGCCAAGCGUUCUCUGACAAAAGCAGUUUGAUGACCCACACGAGAACACACACUCUGGAGAAACCCUUUCCGUGUUUGGUGUGCAGCGAAAGAUUCUCUCAAAAAGGAAACUUGAUGGCACACGCCAGGACGCAUACCGGAGAAAAACCCUUCUCCUGCUUAGUUUGCGCUAAAAGAUUCACUCGCAGAAACAGCUUAAUGAUACACACCAGGAAGCACACUGGAGAGAAACCAUUCAGCUGCAAUGCAUGCGACCACACCUUUUCUUACAAGUUCCAGCUGAGCAAACACAAGUGUGCUGGUGAAUAGAAGCAGCAGUAAAUUGAUGGCGAUUUUGUCCUCUUUUAGCUCUUGUGUUGAAUGUGUAUAAUGUAUAAAAAUAUAUCACAGUCUGAGAUACUGUAUGUGAAAGAUGUUUUCUCUCUCUGCCUUUACUUUUCUGAUUCUAAAUCAGAAUAAAACAAAAAUGACGCAAACAAAAAUUAUUUUUUAUCAACAAACUUAUUUGUGAGCCAUUCAACAAAGGAUACAGUCAAACCUCAGCAUUUGUAUGCCCGAGUUUUCCUAUCAUUCCGUUUUCAUUGAAAAUGUUCCCCAAUAUUUUCUUUUGCUUUUCAUACAAUAUUGCACACAAAGCACUCCACGUGUUGCUGACUCACCAAAAAGUAGCGCGUGGCAGCAAUUUGAUGCAGAAGGUGAGAAACACUACUGGAUUCCAUCUGGCCAGGAUGUACGGGAAGUCUGCAUCAACAAGUUCCAUCAAUUUCUCUUUAUAAUUAGCUCAUUUUCUGCAUGAAAAACUAUAAUCAUUCUCUAUGAAAUGUCUUUUUGGUUUUGUUCACUCUUCACGUCCUUAAAUGUGUCACCGCGGUGAACAGAAUACCUCAGCACUUCUACUUUUCUGCUCACUAUUCCACGUGCCUAAAGGAAUCGAAUACCACUGACCAUUAUUUCACAACGCUAAUAUGUUAAUGAUACUACUAAACACUAAUAAUAAUAAUAAAAACCAACAAGGAUGACAGGACACUCACCACACAGACACAAUGCCAGUCUACUGCACCAUACACUGUAUGACUUCUGUCGGCCGAUAUUUCCGGACAGACAGUAGAUGUGUAUUUCGUUGAUGCAUGUGGUGUAUGCGCCCAUAAAUCCACAGUCUAACAUUCAACAAAGCGGCUGCCCAAUUGAGUUGUAUUCCUCAAAAGAUCACCCCUUCCCACCCAUACACAUGUGCAGAGGUCGCUCACCUUUACCAUGACGUAUAGUGAAAAAGAUUGUAAUAAUCUUUCACUAUCUGGUCAUAAAGAUAAAGAGAACUCCCCACACACUCAGUCAAGGAGAAGCAUCUGAUCAGACAGAAAAGAAAGAGGCCUUCAACCAAGAGUGGUCGAGAGCCCCAAACUACUAAAAACCACUAUUAUUGAUACUAAAACUAUGAUGCGACAGAACUGUAAACUUCUGAAAUAUAACAUCAAACAUUACCAUGUAUGUGGCACCGAACAUCUGUUAUGCUGUGUUGUCAACAGGUCUUCGCAACAGGAUGUUCAAACCACAGAAUAUAUGAGUCACACAAGAAAAGAACAAGGAAAAAAGAACAUGAAAAAUCCCUGUUCGGGGUUUGCUCCGUGGGGUCAGGUGCUGGGUGAUACAUCUCUGCCGCCCG